AUGCCUCGCAUCCUGCACCUGCCGUUGCUCCGCAGCAGCAGCAAGGAGGAGCGCGGCGCUCCGCCAGAACGCCCAAAGACCGCCGCGGUCCUUCCUUCCGCCAUCCCCGCGUGUUCUUCCGUCGGCCCCGCGCCGAGUCACUCGUCCCUCCUCGAGCGCAAGACGUCGCUCCCCUCAUUCCUCCCGCGCAAGUCUUCUGUGGAACAGGCGCGCAAAUCCCCCGCGGAACAGCGCCCCGCGGAGCAGCGCCCGCUCCGCGAGGGUCCCCCGGCGCUGCGUCCCAAGUCCCCGCAUCACCUGGAGUGGGUGCGCCAACUGUCGCUCUGGCAGGGCGCGCAGGCGCAGCAGGGGGAAGCGCAAGCGCAAGCGCACGGCGACGCGCAAGGAUGGCCCGCGGCGCAGGAGGCGGAAGUUUCGCGGAACGGACAGUUGAAGGCGUCGCAGGGGAAGGCACGCGGCGAAGCGCAGGGAUCGGCGCAAGAUGCACGGAAAGGGGGAGCGCGGAAGGACGAUGCGCGGAAGGGGCACGUGUCUCGGCGGAGGCAGUUUGUGCAGCGGAUAACGAGCCGGAGCGCGGAUGCUAACUGUCUCCCUGAGGCGCCAAUUCAAGACGUGUGGGAGGCGGCGGAAGCAGGAAGACUAGCUAAUUGGGUGGAUAAUGUGGACGGUGGCGAUGAUAAGGGGAUAGAAUUGGACGGUCGGGAUGCGCUGCAGCAGAAUGGGUUUGGUGCGGGGACGGCGGGGCAGUCGCAUCAGGCGCGUCAGUCUGCUGGUACUGUCCCCGAUAGUGGCGUCUCCGUUAGUAGCUCAGGAUCGACAACCAACUACGACGUUACGGAUACCACCGUCAGUGCGACGCCUGAGAGCCGAAUUACUGAGACAAGCGAAUAUGCUUCAAACGGAUCUGCUACAAACGCGGUCGCUCGGGGAGCGUGCGGCGGCGGCGCCGCCGCUGGCGUUGCGGCGGUUGUAGUACCCAGGAGUCAAAGCGCGGCCGCCGCUGUAGUAGCUAACGACGCUACAGCUGCGGCGGCUGUAGCGCGGAGUUCUAGCAGCAGCGCGCCGCGCUACAGCCGGUCGGGGGGCCAUCGACGGAGGUUCGUGCGCGCGGCUACCGCCAGCAGCGCGUCUAUGGAGCUGCGCGGAUGGGACAGGGGGAGUGGGGAGGGGGACGGGGGAGGGGAAUGGGGAGGGGAAGGGGAAGGGGAAGGGGGAGGGGAAGGGGAAGGGGAAGCGGAAACAACGGGGCGAUUAGAGGAGGGGAGGGAGAGGGGAGCAGAGGGGGAAGCAGAGGGGGAAAUUGCAACAGUCAAGGCUGCGUUUCAGGCUCGGAGGUCCCAAACCUUGUCCGGACGAGUUGUGCUUUCCUCCCCGAGCCCACCUGGUAGCUUCGACAGCACGUUUGGCAGCACCUUUUCCCGAACCGAAUCUUAUGGCAGCGACUGUAGCAGUGUGACUGUAGGGGGAGGGGGAGGGAGAGGAGGGAGAGGGGAGGCCGGGAGAGAAAGGGGAAGGGAGCACAGAUGGCGUGCUGAAGCUCAGAUUGUCUCUGGUGCUGACGUGGUUGCUGACCUGGCAGCUGCUGAGCUGGCAGCAUCAGCAGCAGGUGACACGUCAGCCGCAUCCGACUCGUCACCAGCAGACGCAGUAGCAGCAGGGAUAGUCGUUUCCGCGUUGUUCACCCGAAGGUCCCACACCAUGCGGAACCGCAUGGUACCGCUCACCACCAUGGCGGUUACCACCCCAAGAGCCCCCGGCACUGCUGCUGCUGUGGCCACUCCGGGGCGGAAGGGGGGCAGGGGGAAGGGGAGGCGGGGGGGCCGUCCGCCUACUCCGUCUGUAGGGGCCGCGGCUGUGGUUAGUCCGGGGGGAGGGGGAGGCGGAGGGGGAGGGGGAGGGGGAAGGAGAAGGGGAGGGGGAGGUGGGGGAGCCAGUCCGGGAGCAGCAGGGGGAGGUAAUGGAGUGGUGAGUCCAGGGGGAGGUAGAUCUGAUGCUGGUGCAGGGAUAAGCCCAGGGGGGGGUAGAUCUGAUGCAGGUGCAUGGGCAAGCCCAGGGGGAGGUAGAUCCAGUACGAGUGCUGCACGGGUCAGCCCAGGGGGACGUAGAUCUGGUGCACGUAGUUUUAAAAGACGGUCUGGUGGAGUGGUGAGCCCAGGAGGAGGCGAAACGCAGGAGGAGCUAUCCUUCGAGACGAGAGAUCCAGAGGCGCUGACUCAGCAGGUGCCGAUUCAGCAUGUGCUGAGUCAGCAGGUGCUGACUCAGCAUCCACCAGAGGUGCUGUUUAUCGAACCGCCUGCGCCACGGUCGCAGGUGGUCUUCAUGGGGAGGGCGGCGGAACGCGGGCAGGUGCUAUCUGGGGGAGGCGCAACUGGAAGGGCGCAGGUGCUAUCUCUAGAAGUGCCCUCCCCAAGUCCUUCGCCUGGUCCCAGCUGUGGGAUGGAUUGGGAGGGGAUAGAGAUUGGGGAGGAGGGAGAUGGGGAAGGGGCAGGGGAAUGGAGGGGGGAAGGGUGGGAGGGAUGGAGAGAGAGGGGGAUGGGCAGAGCAGAGGACGAAGAGGAAGGAGAGGAGGAGGAGGAGGAGGAGGAAGAAGAGGGGGAGGAGGAAGGAGAGGAGGAGGAUGAGGCGGAGUUUUGUUCGCCUACUUGGCGUGAGUGGCAUCACUCGGCGUUUUCUAGGGAGGGAGAGCUGGUGGGGCAAGACUCGGGGUUUCUUGAAGAGGGGGAGAUGGGAGAAGACAUGGGGAGUUUGAGAGGAGACAUGGGGGGGGUGGGAGGAGGCAUGGGGGCGGGCGAAGGCAGGGCGGCGUUGGCUGAUGCGAGGGCCGGCAAUGGUGCUGCAGGCGAGGGUGAUGGCGCGAGGCAGGGAGGAUGGGAAGGGGCGAUGGCGCAAGAGAGGUGGAUGCGUGCUGGGAAUGGAGGGGGAGCAGCAGGGGAUGAUGCGAGGGCCGGCAAUGGUGCAGGCGAGGGUGAUGACGCGAGGCAGGGAGGAGGAGGAGGGCAGGAGGACGCAGAUGGUGACGACGAGUACCACAUGCCCCUAACCGCUGGGAACAGCAUCUCCCCCGUUCCAGCAUCCCACAGGCUCCCACCUCUCUCCCUCCCCCCUAACCUCCCCUCCACCCCCUCAAAUCCCUCUUCCCCUCCCCCAAACCCUCCCCUGCAGGCCCCUAUCCGCUGGGAGCAGCGCCUCCCCCCUUCCAGCAUCCCACAGGCUUCCACAACUCUCUCCCUCCCCUGA